AUGACCACUGCUCAUAGACCCACAUUUGAUCCUGCAAAGGGCAGAGAACACUCGAAUAAGGCCUCUAUCAAGCAUGCUAGAGAGUUACCAGGACAGACAAAGCUGAAGUUUAGAAAAGCCAUCAAGAGAACGCAUGACGAUUUCGAUGAUGAGGAACAAGGACAAGAUGGAGAAGAAAAGGCUGUGAAAAAGGUUUUGCGCGACGAAGUUGCUGCUGAUGGUGUGAAGGAUCUCAAGGAGGAUUUGGAAAACUCUUUUAAUGAUACCUCGAGUGAACGCGAGGCGGAGUCUGACCACUCUGACGAAGACGAUUCUGAUGGUAUAGACUCCGAGGUAUCUGGCUCUGAAUCUGGCUCUGACGAAGAUGAAGAUGAAGAAGAUGAGGAGGAAUUAAUGAGGGAAUUUGCAAAAAUAAAGGCUGAAAGAGCAGCCGAGCAGGAGAAACGUGAGAAGGAGCAGCAGGUUCAGCGAGCAAUGCAAAGCAAUCCCUUACUGGCAACCUCUGAAAAAAAGGUCAGAAAGUCUUGGAGACAUGAAACCGUUUUUGCCAAACAACAAGGUUCAUCUGUCUCGAAAGAAGACACGUACUCUAACGAUGCUUUGAGAAGCGAUCAACACAAGAAGUUCAUGAAUAAGUAUAUACGAUGA